UCCCUGCUUGUGUAACUUGGGAAGUAACUCCUGUAUUUAUUGCCCUGCGUUCCCCUGGGCGAAACAGUGCAGGAACGACCUCUUCACAUUCACAGACAGCAAGCCUGUUCUCGCCGGGGCCAGAACAUGAAAUACUUAAACGGGACAGGAAACUUGUACAGUUCAGGGCUGCAGUUGCUGCUGCUGGCGGGGACCCUCGCACUGCAAGUGCCCCAGGCCCUGGGCUACUUCAACACCAAGGCCAUUGCUGGGAUGUCAGACCAGAUCAGGGGCACUUGGCUGAAGCUGAGACCUCUGCUGUCCCCUCGGGACUUGCCCGGGCUCUUUGCCGUGUGUCACAUCCAGCCCAGCUCUGACCUGAGGGCCGGUCUGCCCGCUGUCAGCGGCUACAUCCUCUUCCACCAGAAGAGUCCCCGGAGCAGCCUGGAGGCAUACUUCGAGCUGCAAGGCUUCCCGAUGGACGACACCCAGUCCGAGCGAGCGAUCCACGUCCAUCAGUUCGGGGACCUGAGCGGCGGCUGCGGCUCCACCGGACCCCACUUCAACCCGUUCGGCGUGGACCACCCGAACCACCCCGGGGACUUCCACAACUUCAAGGUGAGGAACGGCAAGAUCAUCAAGCACCUCACCCACCUGAAAGCCAACCUGUACGGACCUCACACCAUCCUGGGCCGCGGGGUGGUGGUCCAUCAGGGCAAGGAUGACAUGGGCUUGGGGGGGCACCCGGAGAGUCUCCAGAGCGGGAACUCCGGGCCAAGGCUGGCCUGCUGUACGAUUGGACUCAGCAAAGGAGACCUUUGGCAGCAAAUGGUGCAGAAGGUGUGAAGCUGCUGAAUCGUCGAUUCUCCUGCUCCUCGGUUGCUGCCUGACCUGCUGUGCUUUUCCAGCACCACUCUCCCGGCUCUGACCUCCAGCAUUUGCAAUCCUUACUUUCUCCCUGCUGAUCUGCGCCAGGCCAGUUCGAUUUGUUCUCAACUUAAACAAUGUAGAAGUUUCGCUUGCACCGACAGGCACGGCUCUUUUUGACAUAUGUUGCCUCAUUUAAUCGGCAAACGCUAACAACCUUAGUAAGUAACGCACACCUUCCCAAUGCGGACACCCAGGGUGUAAUUCUGGAUUAAUGGUGCUGGAAGAGCACAGCAGUUCAGGCAGCGUCCGAGAAGCAGUAAAAUCGACAUUUCGGGCAAAAUCCGAAUUGUAGUCUCAUCCACAUUUCCUCUCAUCCACAUCCCGCACCUCCGCCCUCAGACCCCACCCCUCCAACCGUAACAAGGACAGAAUCCCCCUGGUGCUCACCUUCCACCCUACGAACCUUCACAUAAACCAAAUCAUCCGCUGACAUUUCCGCCACCUCCAAACAGACCCCACCACCAGGGAUAUAUUUCCCUCCCCUACCCCUUUGCGCCUUCCACAAAGACCGUUCCCUCCGUGACUACCUGGUCAGGUCCACGCCCCCCUACAACCCACCCUCCCAUCCUGGCACCUUCCCCUGCCACCGCAGGAAUUGCAAAACCUGCGUCCACACCUCCUCCCUCACCUCUAUCCAAGGCCCUAAAGGAGCCUUCCACAUCCAUCAAAGUUUUACCUGCACAUCCACUAAUAUCAUUUAUUUUAUCCAUUGCUCCCGAUGCGGUCUCCUCUACAUUGGGGAGACUGGACGUCUCCUAGCAGAGCGCUUUAGGGAACAUCUCCGGGACACCUGCACCAAUCAACCACACCGCUCCGUGUCCCAACAUUUCAACAUCCCCUCCCACUCUCACGAAGACAUGGCGGUUAUGGGCCUCCUUCAGCGCCGCUCCCUCAUCACCAGGCACCUGGAGGAAGAAUGCCUCAUCUUCCGCCUCGGAACAAUUCAACCCCAGGGCAUCAAUGUGGACUUCAACAGUUUCCUCAUUUCCCCUUCCCCCACCUCACCCCAAUUCCAAACAUUCAGCUCAGCACUGUCCCCAUGACUUGUCCUAUCUGCCUAUCAUCUUUUCCACCCAUCCAACCACACUCUCCCCCGCCCCCGACCUAUCACCUUCACCCCCUCCCCCACUCACCUAUUGUACUCUAUGCUACUUUCUCCCCACCCCACCCUCCUCUCAUAUAUCUCUCCACACUUCAGACUCUCUGCCUGUAUUCCUGAUUAAGGGCUUUUGCCCAAAACCUCGAUUUUACUGCUCCUCGGAUGCUGCCUGAACUGCUGUGCUCUUCCAGCACCACUAAUCCAGAAUCUGGUUUCCAACAUCUACAGUCAUUAUUUUUACCUGGGUGUAAUUGUCCAUUUAAUCUUACAGCAUGAACAAUCACUUUCACUUUUUAUCUGCGUGGCAUUGCUUAUCGAUAUUUGUCCAAAACCGCGGGGAUUGGGAGACGGCGUGAUCAGAAGAAACAGCAAGUCAAGUUCUGGGAUGACUUAAUAUCACGAGUUGCAUUUACCAUUCAUUAUAAUUUCUGCUGUCAUUUUCUACUGAGGUAGUUUAUUAGUUCUUUUUGUAACUUUCACGAGUUAUUCUAAAUGAAUCUGUGACGUAGAGGAGCUGAUACACUGCCAUGAUUGAGUUUCAAGGAUAAGCCGCACGGAGUUCUUAUGCGUUUCUAUUUGGCGACUUGUUUGGUUAAAGAGUGUGUAUCAGAACGUUACAUUCUAAGAUACUUUUCAAGGAUUUCAUCAGUCAUAUUUCAAUGAUAACAUUUUAUGUCUUAGAACAUGCAAAUUUUAAUAAAC